AUGUAUGUGAAAUUGGUUGAGGCAGCAAUGUUUUACUAUGUAAAAUGUAAAAAAAAAAAAUUACAUUAUUUAAAAUUUUUAAAUUUCCCGCCUCCCGCGGGGCCCGUACGUCCCGACGUCACAGGGACCGGAACACAGAAGCCGGAUGCCGGCAUUGGACGAAGGAGAUGGCCGGGGACGCUGCAGGGGACACAUCGCGGGAGCACAGAACAAGGUAAGAGAAGAACAGAUCCCGGAGCAGCGCCGCAUGGUAAGCCCGAGUGUAGCUCGGGGUUAUCGCUUGUGGUACUGAAACUUUACCCCGAGCUAAACUCGGGAAUACCGCCAGGGAGGUUAAUUUAUAUGUUA